AUGGCUUUCCGGUCGUUCUUCAUUAGGAGCGCAACACAACUGUCAAGGAAUACUGCAGCUGCUAGGAUUCCUCAAUUUGCUACAGCCAAAUGUCUACCAUGGCGUCUACAGCACACGCAUACGGUUGGGACAGAGCAUCCUGACCCGAAAUUAGAAGCCAGAUCGUUAAUCGAGCUUUUUCCCGGUGAUAACUUGGCCGCAAAGUCUAGCUCGGUUCUUGUGGCAGCUUCGAUGGCUGCCUAUCUAAUUUCCAAAGAAAUCUACAUUAUUGACGCCGAAGUUUUUGAAAUGGUUUGCAUUUUCGGUGCAUAUUGGUUGUGGUAUCGGGGCGGCAAGGAAGGCGUACUGGAAUAUUUCAAGGAGAAAAAGGCUACUAUCAAAAAUGUACUCGAGUCCGCGCGUGCAGAUCACAAAGCCGUUGUCCAGGAGCGUGUCAACCAUAUCUCAAAAAUGUCUGAUAUCGUUAACGUUACGGACGCCCUGUUUGACAUGUCAAAGGAAAUGGUCGUCCUGGUGGAACAAGCUUACGAAUUGCAGCAAAAGGUCGCCCUCUACCGUCAAGUGAAGGGGGUCCUCGAUGCAUGGGUUCGCCAUGAAGUUGACGUUCGGGAACGCUUACAAAAACAGUUGACAUCCACCAUCAUUUCUCGCGUUAGAGAGAUUUUGGCCGACGAGAAAAUGCAAAGAGAGGUCCUCCGGGAAUCCCUGGCGCAGCUGGAACGACUGGUCUCCGGGACCAAGCCUGUACCGUGAUUGUUUCGCUCAAUGUCGAGGACAAAGUUUAUUCUUCUCGAUGCUUUAUAAAUAUUGAAGAUGUCCGA